ACUCUUUUAAGAACAGGAAGGAUGUGUGUUUUUUGUCACUUGACUUAGCACUAAUUUUAAAACGUAAGCUAGCUGCCCGGUUUGAUCAUUUGUUAUGCAUUAAAAGAUCCAAGGCAUGCUCACCAGGCAAACCACCACAGAAGAGUUUUCCCGACCUAAAGUACACUAAUGCUGAUGAUAAGUCCAAGAAUGGCCGCGGGAAUGCAAGAGAAACAGUACACUCCGUCUUUGCUCAACUUUUUCAUCUAUAAUCCCAAAUUUGGGCCACGUGAGGGAGAGGAAGAGAAGAAGAUCCUCUUUUACCACCCUAGUGAAGUGGAGAAGAAUGAGAAAAUUCGCAAUGUUGGGCUGUGUGAAGCCAUUGUACAAUUUACCAGAACCUUCUGUCCAUCUAAGCCUGCCAAGUCCCUACACACACAGAAAAACAGGCAAUUUUUCUACGAGCCAGAGGAAAACUUUUGGAUUGUCAUGGUGGUGCGAAACCCAAUGAUAGAAAAACCAAACAAGGAGGGGAAACCGCCUACGAUAGAGUAUCAGGAAGAAGAAAUUCUAGACACUGUUUAUGGAGCAGUAUUACAACAGUGCUAUAGUAUGUAUAAGCUCUUCAACGGGACGUUUGGCAGGGCGAUGGAGGCUGGUGGGGUGGAGCUCCUCACUCAGAAACUUGAAAAGUUCUUCUACAGGUAUCUACAAACGUUGCACCUUCAUUCCUGCGACUUGCUGGACGUCUUUGGCGGAAUCAGCUUCUUCCCCUUAGACAAGAUGACCUACCUGAAAAUCCAAUCCUUCGUGAACAGGGUGGAGGAGAGCCUCCGGCUGAUCAAGUACACAGCGUUCCUCUACAAUGACCAGCUCAUCUGGAGUGGGUUGGAACAGGAGGACAUGCGGAUUCUGUACAAGUACCUGACAACAUCUUUGUUUCCCCGGCAUUCUGAACCAGAGCUUGCAGGUAGAGAUUCUCCUCUAAGGCCAGAGGUGGCUGGAAAUCUGUUGCACUAUGGGAGGUUUCUUACAGGACCAUCUAACCUCAAAGAUCCUGAAGCAAAAUUCCGAUUUCCCAGAAUAUUUGUGAACACCGGCGAAGGUUAUGAGGAGCUUCAUUUGAUUGUUUAUAAGGCUAUGAGUGCUGCUGUUUGCUUCAUGAUCAGCGCCUCAGUGGAGCUGAACCGGGAGCUCUGCGAGCAGCUGGACAGCCUGGUGGGCCCCCAGCUAACCUUGCUGGCCUCGGACAUAUGCGAGCAGUACAACAUCAAUCGCCGGAUAUCGGGGCCAGACAAAGAGCCCCAGUUCAAAUUCAUCUACUUCAACCACAUGAACCUUGCAGAGAAGAGCACCAUCCAUAUGCGUAAGACCGCCAGUGUGUCCCUGACCUCCGUCCACCCCGACCUCAUGAAGAUACUAGGGGACAUCAACUGCGACUUCGCCCGGGUUGAUGAAGAUGAAGAGAUCAUCGUGAAAGCAAUGACCGACUACUGGGUUGUUGGCAAAAAGUCUGAUCAGAGGGAACUGUACGUCAUUUUGAAUCAGAAGAAUGCCAAUCUGAUUGAAGUCAACGAAGAAGUCAAGAGACUCUGCGCAACACAAUUCAAUAAUAUCUUCUUCUUGGAUUAAAAGGGGACAGUGAUACUGUACAAGAACUUGAAAGAGCUAUGGACUGUUUCUACUAGACUAUUUAAGAACUGUCGGCUAUGCUGAUUACAAAGACGGCAUAAUUUGUAAUGCAAUAAUUGCAUUGUAAAAAAAAAAAAAAAAAUCACAUCAUGCAAUUUUUUAGAUUUUUAUUAACCAACAAAUUGUAUUUCAUCCUUGUAAUUAAAUGUACUAUCAGAAUUUUACUGUAAAUUAAACUUCAUUUUUAUUUUCACUUGUAUAUAAAUGUCUUGUUUCUGUUAGAAUGAACUGUCAAGUUCUCGUUCUGUUAGUUUUGUUUAUUUAAGAUCACAGCGGCAUUUAGAACAUUUACAUGGACGUGCACAAACUUUGUAUUUCUGUUUUUGGCUUCAGCUGCCCUGUUUUACAUUGGAAUGCCAUCAUGUCAACACUUAGUUUGUAAAC